GCCCGACCCUCCUGGUCCUCACUGCCCCUGUGCCGAGGAGAAGCUCUCCUGGAUGCGGGGCUACAAGACUCUCCUCAAAUGCCUCUCAGGGAAGUUCUGCCAGAGGGAGCUCAUUGGGAUCAUGGGGCCCUCAGGUGCUGGGAAAUCCACCCUCAUGAACAUCCUGGCUGGCUACAGGGAGACUGGCAUGAAGGGACAGAUCCUGGUGAACGGCCGCCCCCGGGACCUCCGCACCUUCCGUAAGAUGUCCUGUUACAUCAUGCAGGAUGACAUGCUCCUGCCACACCUCACCGUGCUGGAGGCUAUGAUGGUCUCUGCUAACCUGAAGCUGAGUGAGAAGCAGGAGGUGAAGAAGGAGCUGGUGAACGAGAUCCUGACAGCCCUGGGGCUGCUGGAGUGCUCCUACACCCGCACCAUCUCCCUGUCCGGGGGCCAACGCAAGCGCUUGGCCAUCGCCCUGGAGCUGGUCAACAACCCUCCGGUCAUGUUCUUUGAUGAGCCCACCAGUGGUCUGGACAGUGCUUCCUGCUUCCAGGUGGUUUCCCUGAUGAGGUCCCUGGCUCAGGGUGGGCGCACCAUCAUCUGCACCAUCCACCAGCCCAGUGCCAAGCUCUUCGAGAUGUUCGACAAGCUCUACAUCCUCAGCCAGGGCCAGUGCAUCUUCAAAGGCAUCGUAACCAACCUCAUCCCCUAUCUGAAGGGUCUUGGACUCUACUGCCCCACAUACCACAACCCUGCUGACUUCAUUAUCGAGGUGGCCUCAGGAGAGUACGGGGACCUCAACCCUGUCCUGUUCCGUGCUGUCCAGAAUGGGAUGUGCACCAUGGCUGAGAAGAAGAGCAGCCCUGACAAGGCAGAUCCAUCCUGCCCAGCACACUGCGUGACGGAUGUGGACCACAUCGAGAGCCACACGUUUGCCACCAGCACUUCAACUCAGUUCUGCAUCCUCUUCAAGAGAACCUUCAUCUGCAUCCUCAGGGACACGGUGCUGACCCACCUGCGGUUCAUGUCCCACAUCUGCAUCGGGGUGCUGAUCGGGCUGCUCUACCUCCACAUUGGCAACGAUGCAGGCAAAGUCUUCAACAACACUGGCUUUCUCUUCUUCUCCAUGCUCUUCCUCAUGUUUGCUGCCCUGAUGCCCACCAUCCUCACCUUCCCCCAGGAGAUGUCUGUAUUCCUACGAGAACACUUGAACUACUGGUACAGCCUGAAAGCCUAUUAUCUGGCAAAAACCAUGGCAGAUGUGCCCUUCCAGGUGAUCUGCCCCAUUGCAUACUGCAGCAUCGUGUACUGGAUGACAGGACAGCCACCCGAAGCCACACGCUUCCUCCUCUUCUCUGCUCUGGCCACAGCCACAGCCCUGGUGGCCCAGUCCCUUGGGCUUCUCAUUGGAGCUGCUUCCACUUCCCUGCAGGUGGCCACCUUUGUGGGACCAGUCACUGCCAUCCCUGUCCUGCUCUUCUCGGGCUUCUUUGUCAGCUUCAAGACCAUCCCCACCUACCUGCAGUGGAGCUCCUACGUCUCCUAUGUCAGGUAUGGCUUUGAAGGUGUCAUCCUCACCAUCUAUGCCAUGGAGCGUGAGGACCUGGAGUGCCUGGAGGACUUCUGCCCUUUCCAAAAACCCAUCAAGAUUCUGCAGGAGCUGGACGUGGAGGAGGCCAAGCUCUACCUGGACUUCCUCAUCCUGGGCAUCUUCUUCGUCAUCCUGCGGCUCCUGGCUUACCUGGUCCUCAGGUACAAAGUCAAAUCAGAGAGAUAAAAGGUGCCAGGGGGCCCCGGUGCCAUUCCUGGGCCCGACCUGCUGUGAGAGACCAUCCUGCAGCUGGACACAGUGCUCCCAGCAGGUCAUGGACCACAUCGGAGGCGUCGGGAGGUGCCAGCCAGGCCUGGCUCAGUCGAGAAGGGAUUUGAGACAUCUCGGAACUGUUUUAACCUUUCCACACACUCGUCAUUGCGGGAGUUUUGUACAGCCCUGCCGUGUGCCACCCUCUCUUUGAGGACUGCCAAACCCCACUGAGCUUGGGGGUCACCUCCUGUCACCUCUGCAUGGCACUGCCCUUCUCCUACUAAACACGUUGGGACACCCAGGACAGUCCCAUGGAGGUGGCUGUGUGCUGGGCAAGGAGAGCAGAGCCCUGGGGCUGGAACUGGGAGGAGGCAGAGCAGGGAUGGGUGGAGCAGGGAUGGGUGGAGCAGGGAUGGGAGGAACAGGGAUGGGAAGAGCAGGGAUGGGCAGUGCAGGGAUGGGCAGAGCAGGGAUGGGCAGAGCAGGGAUAGGAGGAGCAGAGAUGGGAAGAGCAAGGAUGGGCAGUGCAAGGCUGGAUGGAGCAGGGAUGGGUGGAACAGGGAUGGGUGGAGCAGGGAUGGGAAGAGCAGAGAUGCGUGGAGCAGUGAUGGGAACAGCAGAGCAGGGAUGGGAGGAACAGGGAUGGGUGGAGCAGAGCAGGGAUGAGCAGUGCAGAGCAGAGAGUGGUAGUGCAGAGCACUGCCCCAUUGCUUGCCCUGGCCAGCAGCACGUGUGUCAGUGCUAAGAAGAGCCCAAAGAUGCAGUAGGCCAAAUUGCACAAGGCUUUAGGGUUUCCUGUUGCUGUAGCCACAGAAAUUGCUGCAUCCCCUUUUUCUUUCUGCAGAAUCCUCCCUCUUUUUUCCCUUAUUUUUUUUAUAAACCCCACUGCUUCCCAGUCUGUGUGGAGGGGAAGGGAGCCAGCAGGCAGAGAAGGACCUGGAGCUCUGUCUCACACUUCUGCUCAUCCUCAGAGAUGGGAUCUUUAGACGUGGGGGUGCAGCAGGGUUUGUGGGAAUGGGACAGUGUUCUUGGACCUUAGGGAGUCUCAUACUCAGUCCCUGUUGGUCUGAGCCAAGAAGAUAACAUCAACCAGCAUGGAGAAAAGCGCCUGGUCCCUUCAAGUGCUGCGUGGAGAGGGGAGGAUUUAGGUUCCUAUGCCCUCCCAGUGCCAGAUGUCUGCCAAGCAGGGCUGGGCUCAGCCAUGCCACCACUGGAACCUCUCCUGCAGAAGAGCUGUCCCUGAGCCCUUCCCUUGCACUGUCUCACUCCUCCUCCCCAGCACAACCGUGGUUGUCUCAGCAGGACAGGGAGGAUGAGCACCAGGUCUGCAAGGAGAUGCCAGCCCCAGGGAUGCUCAUCCUCAUCCUCCUCACUGUGCAACCUUCCCAGGGUAAUGCUGUGCAGAAGGGGAUCCCAGCAGUGCCAGAACUGGAGGGCAGCUGAGAUCUGAGUGGUUUGGUGUUUGUUUGCACUGGGAAGGGCUUGGUGCUUGGUGACUGGUGUCAGGAAAAGGUCCCUGUUGGAAGGUGUCCCUGGUGGCUCCUCUGAACUCCUCCACUUCUCCACAGCCCUUGCAGGGUGAAGGCGUUUGGGGACUUUGCUGACCCUCCAAAUGAACAGAGCUGAGGCUGGAGCCUCAUCCUGCUGUGCUGGGAACACAGCACACUGCUCAGCUCCAUAGCACAGGGCUGGCACUGGUGUUGCUGGGCUGCACUGGUCACCCAUGCACAGGAGAAACUGUAUGGGGGUUUGUUUGUUUGUUUGUUUGUUUAGUGAGCAUGGACAUGGGGAGGGCAGCUCUGCCCCAUCCUGGUGUGCUGGACACUGGUUCAAGUGCAGUCUGAGAGAUGCUGCUACUGACACUCUCUGAGCAGCAGGGAUUGGAGGGCAAAUGCCAGAAUUCAGCAAAAUCUUUUGAGACUGUUCUUUGCUUGUGCUGGCUUGUGUUGAGGCUGCUCCCCAGAGCAGUGUCUGGCUGGCCUGCUGGUGGUGGCACAGGACUGGUGCAGGGCUCUCAGCAAGGCUGGUUUUCCCCUGCCUGGCCAGCAGUGCUGUGGUUGCACAUGGGGCUCUUCUGCAGAGCAGCUGGAAGCAGGAUGAGCCCUGAUUCCCUUUCCAUGCUGAGCAUUGGGGUUUGCCACAGGCACUCUUGUAUGAUUGCAGCUCUCCCUCACAGUAUUCUCCUCUGCUUCUGGAUCAUCCUUCCUGGGCAGCCCUGUGCCAUGCUCUGGAAGCCAUGCCAGCCUGAGGGGCUGCAGUCUCCUGGGCAGGGUGAUGCCAACCACAGCUGCAAGGAAGAGCACAGUCGAGAGGGAAUGGUCCCCAUGUCUCCUCUGUCACAAGGUGGAUGGAUUUCAAGGGGAGCAGUGGAGCUGUCACCCUUCCCUGUCUCACUGUCACAUUGUUGGGACUGAUGCCCUUCUUCUGUCUUGCUCCUGGGCUGUGGCUCUUUCAGCCUUGUCCAGGGCAGAGUGUGCACUGCUGGGCUGGGGAGUUUUCCCUGGAUGGAUCCCCAGGAGUUGGCAGUGGUGCAGCUUUGCUCCAUGGCAGGGGGUGGCAUAAAGGGUUUGGGUCUGGCAGACCCUGCCCCAGGCUAAGGCACCCUCUGUGGUGGCCGAGGAGUGCCCAAGGAGUGAACUGAUCCAAGGUGCCAGAACCAGGCCAUCCAUUGCCCCUCCCCUCUCAGUGGGGACAAUCCCAGAGGUGGUGGAAGGCACAGGGAAAUGUGAUGGGACUGAGCACGUUGGCAUUGAGCCCCAGAGGCUGGCAUGGCUGGGCUGAGCACUCAGGGUCUGUUGCUCCUCUCCUGCCCAGGUGUCCCUGCCCCACAGCACUGGGUGAGAGGGGUUGUCUCUGCCUUGUCACGACAGAGGGAUGGGGUCUUUAGUGGAGCAAAGCUUGGCUGCUCCAGCCCAGCAGCUCUCUUCAGAUGCUGCGUGUCAGAGUGAGCCAGGGCUGUCUGUGCAGGACCCCUUGGCAAUAACACUGUCAGGUGUAGGGUCUCGUGAGUGGGUAGUGAGCACCCACGUGCUGGGCUGGCACACAGCAGUGAGGAUGCACUUUACCAGAGCAAGGCAGUGGGGCUGUGGGUGCCUCUGGCUACAGGAACCCCACAGGGAAACUUGUCUGGAUAAUCUGGAGGAGUGUGAUGGAGGAGAGCAGGCUUCUUCCUCCACACCUCCUCUGCUCUCCUGCCCCCUGCCUUCCCUUGCAAUGCACUUUGAAUGGAUGAGGAUGUGGUUCACACCGUGGCUCCGGCUUACUGGGAGCACUGGUGGGACCUCUAGCCAUCUAAAACUGCUUCAGACCCAUAGCCUGGCUCUUUCAGUCCACAGGCCUCCCCCUCUGUGCUCUGAAUGCUGGCAGGGAAGCAGGGACGUGGCUUCUCACCUCCAUGCAUGUCCAGGCCACCUUUGUCACACGCACAAGAAAAGCAGAAUUCAUUGUGACCCAGCUGGUGCCAGGGUUUGCUGGAGGGGAGGUUGGCUGAGUGCAGGGAGGGGAUGAGGCUUCUCCCAGGGUUUCACUUCUCUCUCUAAUCAGGCAAUAAAACAGUGUUUCAUUCUC